GUCAACUUUCACCCAGGAAGUCAACUUCCUGACUUCCCCUUAGCAACCAAGUGUCUGCCUUUGGUACCCCUAGCAACCGGGGCGACGCGUCUGCUGGACCCAACUCUGGGAGGAUCCACUUGAUCCCAGGUUGUUUCCCGGGACACUUCUGGAUCGGUUCCUCCGGAGGAAGCUACCCCACUGGCAGCGGCGUAAAUCUCGCCAGUGCUCCCCCACUUCCUACCGUCGGUCUCCAUCAACGGCUCUGUUCUAAAGCAGGCACCAGGCAGGAUGAACCGGCUGGGCAGCUCCACGGAGCCGCGCGUGAUGGACGACGACCUGCUCAAGCUGGCUGUGAGCGAGCAAGGCCCACGGGAGGAGGCCGGGCAGCUGGCCAAGCAGGAGGGCAUCCUCUUCAAGGACGUGCUGUCCCUGCAGCUGGACUUCCAGAACAUCCUCCGGAUAGACAACCUCUGGCAGUUCGAGAGCCUGAGGAAGCUGCAGCUGGACAACAACAUCAUCGAGAGGAUCGAGGGCCUGGAGAGCCUGACGCACCUGGUCUGGCUGGACCUGUCCUUCAACAACAUCGAGACCAUCGAGGGGCUGGACACCCUGGUGAACCUGGAGGACCUGAGCCUGUUCAACAACCGGAUCUCCAAAAUCGACUCCCUGGACGCCCUGAGCAAGCUGCAGGUGCUGUCGCUGGGAAACAACCAGAUCUACAACAUGCUGAACAUCAUCUACCUGCGGCGGUUCAAGGACCUGCGGACGCUCAGCCUCUCCGGGAACCCCAUCUCUGAGUCAGAGGAUUACAAGAUGUUCAUCUACGCCUACCUUCCCGACCUCGUCUACCUGGACUUCCGGCGCAUCGACGAGCACGCGAAGGAGCAGGCGGAGGCGCGGCACCAGUUCGCCAUCGACGAGCUGCGGCACCGCGAGAACCUGGCGCAGGCGCGGCAGGAGGACGAGCUCGCGCGGCGGGAGGAGCUGGAGGAGCACGAGGCCGCCUUCAUCGAGAACAUGAACGGCUCCUUCCUGUUCGACAGCCUGUACGCCGAGGACGUGGAGGGCAACAAGCUGUCGCAUCUGCCGGGCAUCAGCGAGCUCCUGGAAGCCUACAAGGACAAAUUUGUCAUCAUCUGCCUGAACAUUUUCGAGUACGGCCUGAGACAGCAGGAGAAGCGGAAGGUGGAGCUCGACACCUUCUAUGAGUGCAUCCAAGAGGCCAUCCGGGAGAACCAGGAGCAGGGCAAGCAGAAGAUCGCCAAGUUCGAGGAGAAGCACUUCCAGACUUUGAGCUCUGUUCGAGAUGAGUCCGAACUCCCUGCCAUCGAGAUGAAGAUGGUGGAGUGUGGCGAGGACAUCACCGAGCUGUUCAACACGCUCAUGACCCUGGAGAGGCAGCUAGUGGCGCAGCUGGAGGAGACCAUAAACGUCUUUGAAAGGAACAUCACUGACUUGGUGGGGCUCUUCGUUGAAAACGUACAAAGCCUGAUGGCACAGUGCCGCGACCUGGAGAACCACCAUCACGAGAAGCUCCUGGAGGUCUCCAUCAGCACCCUCGAGAGGAUCCUCAAGGGCGAGUUCGAUGAGGACCUGCCGGACCACGUGCGCGAGUUUCCUGCCUGCCAGAAGGGUCCUUUUAAAACCCCAAACCAGAAAGUUUUGUGCUUUUGUACAAAACCUGCAAUGGCUUUGAGUUGGCCAUGACUUAGCGAAAGCUCUUCGCCGGAGUCCCUCAGACCCUGGAAUUGGCACUGCCGACCUGGACCCUUCUCCGAUGCUCCUGGCCCUCCAGCCCUGGCCCCUGGCGAUGCCCCAGACGCGCCCGCCUGCUCUUUCCAGCUGCUAUUCCGUCCAGCAGACACCAUGCUCUUCCCUCAGGCCUGUAGGCCUGGCUCGGCUGGUCAUUCCCAUCUCAGCCAGGUGUCAGCACCCAGGAGAGGCUUCCCGUCACCUGGCUGCAGAACCACCGUCUCCGUCACACGCCCACUGAUCGUCCUCACAGCCCUGACCAGGAUUUCAACCCACCUGCUUGUGCUGAUUUGCUUACCUGGCUAUUUACAGUUACACAAGCUCAUGAGGGAGGCAGAAUCGGCCUUUUCCACCACCACCCAGGCCCCAGUGCUGGCAGUGUGGGCCGGCAGUGGCCAGCGUGGUGAUCAGAUGCCUGUGGUGGCUGAGCGAGCAGUGUCCCUUCUCUGUGCCUCCACUCUGCCCAGGCCAGCCCGGUCCAGCCAACACGGAGCCCUGGGCACCCCUGUCCAGGGCCGAGACAAAGGCCCAGCACAGGAGCGAGUGCUGCGGUGGGACCCACACUGAGAAGACUCAGCACCUGACACCCUAAAUGCUGCUGUGGUUGGCCGGAUGUGGGGGAGCCGUCUCCCCAGAAUCUGCAAGUACAGCUGCCCCAAGAGCCAACCCUGGAACCACCGAGUGGGAGCAGCACAGGCCAAGCUGCCUCUGGACAGCUCCGGGUCUGCAGCCCCGGCAGGCCCGCUCCUGAGCGCGCCCACUUCCCAGGGACGGGCUCACGGAAGGCGGGCAGGGCCAGGGGUCAGCUCCCAGGGCCAGCCCGUCCCUCCCGCAGGACUGCACUGGGUGGUCAGCAGAGCUUCGUCACCACUCACCACGGCCUGGUGGCCACACAGGAUCUCACUAAUUCUCAAAAGGACCCCAACUAUCAUCCCCAUUAGGUGAGAAGACAGGGUCAAACUGGGCCUCCGAAAACUUGAGUAAACUGCCCAAGACACACAGCUUGGGAGGAUGAGGCCUCGAGCUGGCGCCCUGGGUGUGCCCAGGCCUCAGGUUGCUUGCGUCUCCUUAUAUUUAAGCCACAAAGUUGCGGCAUCUCAUUCUUCAGGGGGAAUGAGUGUGCCCUCGCUGACAACAUUUACUGAGCGCUGCCCCCUGGAAGCACUUCGUGUGUGUUUGCUCUUUCAGUUGCCAAUCAGCACAGUGCCAAAGGCACCACCGUGGGGCCCUUUUACAGAUGAGGAAACUGAGGCACAGCACGAUAAAGGAACCUGCCUGAGGACACUCACACUCUGGGGUUGUGAUUUGAACCCAUGCAGUUGACUCAAAGCCUUUCACAAAAUGUCUCCUGAGUCUGUAGCAAGACCAGGCACCUUCAGACAGUGCGACGAGGCCUUGGGAGAGAAGGUUCUGGUUUCUGUCCCAGGCGUGAAUGAGCACAUCAUGAUCCAAAAUCCAGGCUAACAAGGUAGCCCACCUCUUUAAAGUGCCUCUCCUUCGGCCGAGGGACUGCUGGCAGCUGAUGCCAGACCUGGGGUCAAAUCUGUCCCGACCCUGGGGCUCUGCGUCCACAGCUCUGGGAGGGGACAGAACGCCCAGGCGAGGGGACCCUCUGGCAAAGGGCCCAGCCACUGCCCCGGCCAUGAGGGUCAGGCGAGGCAAGGCCCCGUGCACUCCGAGUGCUCCCACAGGGUGCCCAGCUGUGGGGGGGGAGGGUGGUCCGUGCUCGGUCCCCCGGGUCUGCUCCAUGAUGGUGGGUGGGACCCAGGCCCGCGGUCCGGGGACAGGGCAGCCAGGAGGAGGUUUGGCAGGGACUCGAUGGCUUUCCCUCAGUGGAGGAGCUGGCAGUGCCCGCCCCUGCCCUGCAGGCCAGGCUGGGACCAAGAGGGAGGUGUGACGGGAUAAUGUGACCCCCGUGAUGGGGCAGCAGAUCGCAGGCCCCCCGCAUCGCCGUGGUCCCCUCGAGCUCCCCCCAGGAAGUCGCUUACAAAGAAAUCUGCUCUUUGGAGUUGCGGGGGCCACUGUUCUGUAAGGUCAGCGGGUCCCAGAGAAGGGGGCUGCCCUUCCCCACACCUGGGUACGUCCCCUGCCUUCCAUGUCAGUGCUUCCAACUUGCAGAAGCAGGAAGGGAAUCCGGAAUAUUCUACCCACAACUACUCCAUGGGGGAAAACUGAAGUGGCCACCCCUCGAGGCCAGCUGAAGUCCAGAAACAGCUUGCAGUGGCAUUCUACAGCAUUUCUUUAAUUCCCUAAUUUGUAUUUUACAAACGUCCUACCAGUUCUCACAGGCAAUUUUAACCUCUUACAUUUCUAAGCAGACUUUAGUUUCUGCUGCUUCCCACGGCUGCAGAGGCUGUAUUCUACGGAUGUAAAACUUAGGAGCGGAUUUCUCUGCGGGCCUUAGGGUAUCAGCUCCAGUCCCCUUUUAAAAAUGAAGAGUGCGGAUCUUCUCUUGAUGGGUUGAGGCCGUGGUUGUGGUGUUUCUGAAAUACAGCUGCGAUGUGCCCGGGGACGACCGCGCCUGCUUGUGCUUCCGAGGCGCUCGGGAAGGCCGGUGUCUCCGGGCCCCAGAGCCUGGCCUGGGAUCUUCCACCCACCGAGAAGACCUUAACAACUUCUUGUCACUUCUCUCCUGCAACGGUGCCAUCUCUCCUGCAACGGUGCCAGUCGGUUCCCCAGACGCUCCACUCCCACCCCCGCUAACCUGGCUGUUCUCACACAGAAUUCCAUGGAAAACCAGCAUCCCACAGGAUGUUAACAGGAAUUACUCUGAAAAGGCGUCUGAGGCCAGAUAAGCUGGAAAACCAACAAAGUUGAAAAGGUUCCCGUUCUGCAGCACCUUCCGGGGUCUUCAUAGGCUCUUGAGGCUUCUGGAGGAGAGAGGGUGUCCGUGGAUGGCCUGUGGCUGCUGUAACGAUUGACCACAAACCCGGCGGCUUGAAACAAAAGACGUUUCUUUGCUCACAGUCCUGGAGGCCAGAGAUCUUCCUCAGGGUGUUGGGGGGGCCGUGUUCUCUCCAGAAGCUUCCGGGGAGGGUCCGUUCCUGGCCUCUGCCAGCUUCUGGUGGCUCGUGGCUGCGUCACUGCUCUCCGCCUGGCCUGCUCUGUGCACGCGUCUGCGUCAAAACCCCUUCUGCUUCUCUUACAAGGACAGGUGAUUGCGUUUCAGGGCCACUCUGCAGUCUGAGGUCAUCUCCCGCCUCAGGCUCCUUAACUUCACCCCGUCUUUUGCCACGUAAGGUAAUACCACAAAUUCCAGAGAUCAGGAAGCGAACGUAUCUUUAGGGGGCCGUUUCUCAGCCCACUCAUGCAUGCAGGCUUUCCCCACACACCCAUGAACAAAAAAUACUCUUUUUGCAGAAAAAUUAACAUCUCAAGAUUUCACAGAAUAUAUUUUGGAGACUAAGUUAAUUGCUACUAUCUGAAAAAGAAAUGAAACCCAUAAAACAAAGUAGCCCCGCAGUCCUCGCUGUGAUGUGAGAGCAGUGCAGGCCCCUCGCCCCCCUGGCAUUGUAAAGCACCUCCCUUCAGAGCGGACGCGACCACUUGCUAAACACUUAAGCCCCUUUCACCAGCUCCAUGAUUCCAUUCAACUUCUACCUUCCCUCGCACACAGCAGCCACAGAGCAAACACCUAGAACCAGCCAGGCCUGUUUGAGGGGGUCGUUUUAACAACUCCUUACAAGGCAGAAGACAAGAGGGAGCAAGAGGAGGAGAAGGGAGCCCCAGGGGGAGUCAAAGACACUCUCAUUAGCGUUCAGGGGCAGGGGGGAGACUUCUGGGCUAAGCACCCGGCGGUCUGCGGGGCCCUCUGUCCUUGGGAGCAGCCCUGAGACCCCCCACCAGCCUCACAGCUCCCACUGCCCAGCAGAGGUUCGAGACAGGUCAGGCCAGAGGGCAGUCAGUAUUCCCACAGCCAGGGGACGGCAGAUGGCCCGAGCAGGGGACACCACGGGGGCGGCCACCUGCCUUCUCCCUGGAGAAAACACGCUCACAGCUGGGGUUCCAGAGACAGCACCCCCGGCCACCCCUUCCCUGUAACGCUGGGGCCUGGGCUGUGGCCUGAAGGUGGCAGAGAAGAAAAACAUGCCAUACGAAGGCCAGGGAUACCUGGGGUCCCCCUCUCCACGGCUGCCUUGGUGCGCAGGGCCUGACGACACCCCCAGCCUCACCCGGCCCCUCUCUCUGCAUCAGCUCUUUGUCGACAAAGACACGAUCGUCAACGCCGUCGGCGCCUCGCACGACAUCCACCUCCUGAAGAUCGACAACCGUGAGGACGAGCUGGUGACCAGAGUCAACUCGUGGUGUGCGCACCUGGUG